CCCGCCCCGGAAGCCCCGCCCGCCCGCCCGGAACCUUUGUGGCCGGAACGCAGGUUGGCGGCGCGGGGCCGGGCCGGAGCACGGUACUGGACGGACCGCGGGGAAGAUGGCGGCGGCCGUGGCGGGCCCACGUGGGCGCGGUGCCGCGGACACAGACACGGACACGGACAGCGGUUCUGAGUUAAGCUCAGACCUUCCUGAGCACAGCUACUCUUCGGAUGGUGAAGCCCUGGAUGGUGAUGAUGAAGAUGAAACAGCAGCCCCUGGCAACACGGCUGAAGAGGCAACAAGCUCCAAAGAUGGCCCAAGUUCAGGCUGGGCAGAUGCCAUGGCAAAAGUGCUCAACAAAAAGAUUCCACAGAAUAAAUCCACCAUCUUGGCCAAGAAUAAAAGCCUGGAGAAGGAGAGAGAAAGRAAAAAACAAGAAAGGGAGGAAAAGAGGAUGAGGCUCGAUAAAAAGCGGGAAUGGGAAAUGAUGUGCCGAGUGAAGCCAGAUGUUGUCAAAGACCGAGAGAAAGAAAGAAAUCUUCAGAGAAUUGCCACAAGAGGUGUUGUGCAAUUAUUCAAUGCUGUCAGGACACACCAGAAGAAAAUGGAUGAGGAGGUGAAGAAAGCUGGGAGCUCUGAGAGGAAGCGUGCUAAACUGAUGUCUUCUGUUUCAAAGAGAGAUUUCAUUGAUGUUCUAAGAAACAUGGAAGGUGCUAAAGGAGGCAAGACUCCUGCUGGAAAGGCUGGAAAAAAUAAACAGGGUGAAGUGAAAUCUGAAGAGGGGCCAGAAUGGAAUAUAYUGCGUGAUGACUUCAUGAUGGGAGCAUCUAUGAAGGACUGGGACAAGGAAAGCGAUGGAGAGGGCACUAAUGAAGAAGGAGGUGGUCUGAAACAAGAAGAUGACAGUGACUGAAUGAAACUGAAAACCAUUCAAGAUAAUGUUUUAUCUUAUUAAGUUUGUUUGGAUAAAAAGUCAGCAUUCUGUGAAUGUACAACAUUUGGAGGAUACCUCUUUUAAAAGAAAAAAAAGACUUAUAUAACCUUGGAGUGUUUUCUCCUCCAUGUCAAAGUUUUAUUUAAUACAGCUCCAUUUGCUAUACUGAAAUCCUGAAAUAUUUUCCAAAACAAGUAUAAUUUUCAACAUAUUUCCAAAACAUUUUGUACAGUCAAAAUAGUGGCACUUGCCCAAUGAAAGAUAGAUUUUGCCAAGGUCAUUAAAAGUUUAUACAUUAGUCAUGGCAAUUGAUGUAUUAGUGUGCCUGCAUUUCCAAAUCACAGUUGCACUUUGAAAAGUUGUUGCAAUUUGCAAUAGAAAUGACUUACAAUAAACACAGAAAUGCCGUCACCUUGUAAAGUUAGUGGACUCCUAUAGAGUCUCUACUACUUUGGCCAGAAAAGUUUCUGUAGAUAAUAAAGAAAAGUAACCAUUAA